CACAAAAGCAGGGAUAUAGGAUAACGAAGCACAGGGUCCAAAAAACAUUGAAGUUCCUCUCCAAUCUAGACCCUGCAUCUCAUUAAUUUCCAUCGUCCAGCCACCACAGCCGCCGCCUCUACUGCCAAUCUGGUGACGCGUGAGUUUCAAGAUGGACGGAGUUUACUCAUCCCUCCAGUAUUGGCUGGUGAACCACCCCAAAAUCCUCUAUUUCCGAUGGACUGAAGGUCAAACUCUUGGUUCCACCCCACUCUUCCUCGCUAUGACAGUCCUCACCUACCUCUCCUUCACAUUCCUCCUCUCUCGAACCCCUCUCCCAUCCCUUGGAACCCACAUCCUGAAACCCAUCACAGCCGUGCACUCCCUCACUCUCUUCCUCCUGUCGCUUAUCAUGGCCCUUGGCUGCAUCCUUUCUAUCAUCUCCCGUCCUUUUUCCUUGAACCACAUCAUUUGCUUCCCUCCCAACACCCUUCCGACCGGCCCCUUCUUUUUCUGGGCCAACAUCUUCUAUCUCUCCAAGAUUCUUGAAUUCAUUGAUACCCUUUUGAUUAUCUUAAGCAAAUCGAAGCAAAGGCUGACAUUUCUCCACGUCUACCACCAUGGAACAGUAGUGGUUAUGUGCUACCUUUGGUUACACACUCGCCAGUCUUUGUUCCCCGUAGCACUUGUCACCAAUGCAACCGUACAUGUAAUAAUGUACUUUUACUAUUUGUUAUGUGCAAUGGGGAUCCGUCCAAAGUGGAAGAGAUUGGUCACUAAUUGCCAGAUUGUGCAGUUCGUGUUCAGCUUUCUCGUCUCUGUUUUGAUGCUUUACUACCAUUUUACUGGAUUUGGUUGUUCAGGAAUCUGGGGUUGGUGUUUCAAUGCUGUUUUCAAUGCCUCUCUUUUGGCUCUUUUUGUUGACUUUCAUGGCAAGAGUUAUGCCAACAGAAAGGUUGUUGACAAGGAUAAAAGCUCAUGAUUCAGCUGUUUUGUUUUUUUUAUUCUGCCCCUUCCUUGAAUAUAAUUAACAAAGACGAUUGGUAUUUGGCAAUUUGAUUGCAGUUUGCAUCUUUUACUUGUUUUUAGUGAUUUCGAAUUGUUUUGAAUUGUCCACUGCUAUUACUUGAACUUACUGCCAUUGGCAGACGAAGAAAAAUCAACUGAGAGAGAUAUAUUGCCAUGAUUGGCGCACCAAAUGGGCAAAUCAAGGGGCACUAUCGGGCCUGAGCCCGUCAAAAGUCUUGUAUUUGGACACAUUCGGAAACCAAUUUAAGCCUCAUUGAGAAAUACCAUGUCCAAUCCUUGCUUAAACAAGUCCAAGUUGUGGAUUUGGGGCCUUUGGCCCCAGCGACUUGAAUUUUUGGUUCUCGUCCUGGAGUGAGAAAAGGCUAGUUAGUUUUUGAGAGGAGAGCCUGUUUGCUAGGCCCGGGACCCAAAAUCCAAGAAUUGGCACAUUUUUUUGUCUGGAUUCUUUUGAACAGCUGGAAGCCUGGGAGAGGAAGAAAAGGGAAUUGUAAAUU